CUUCAACAACCUUCAACAUGAAAUUGGUGGCAACAUGUUCGCGACCAUACACUUUUGCUGUCAAAAGUAUACUCAUCGCUGGCAAAGGCGAUGUUGAUGCACACGCUCACUACCGUCUCGUUCCCCGUAGUCCGUCCCCCCAGUUCCCAGCGGCCAUAUGAGCCCUCCGGUCUCCGUAGACCCCUUGCUAUCGACUCAGCCACCGACCACGCGGCACAUUUAAAGUUCGACUUUGUUCUAUCUCUUUCUUUCCUCUUACACGUUCCCUCUUCCCCCUUCCCCACCUUCUCCACCUCCCCACACUCUUCCCCACGCGCUCUACGGCAAGUCUCUUUCCAGUCCCACUCUCCUCCACCUCACUUCCACCUCUUGUGCUCACUCUCGUCAGCAGCCCUCCUCCAUACGCACUCUCGUCAGCAACCCUCCUCCACAUGCACUCUCGUCAGGAAGUCCAUUCCGCCACUACCUCUCCACCACUCCCUAGAUAGAAAAUAUAGAGGUCCCAGGAGUUUUGACUUCGAUCUUGGGACUGAAUCUCUUCACCCUUGCGUGCCCUCGGCAAUAUAGAGGUCCUAGGAGUUUUGACUUCGAUCCUGGGACUAAAUUUCUCCACCUUUGCGUGCCCUC